AUGGGCCAGGUCUCUCCGCCUCUAGAAGGCAUCUCAGCUGGUGACUCUGAUAUUGAAAGGGCCAACAUAACCGAGGUUAAUAACAUCGACGAUGUCGAGGACAAAACGAAGUCAACCGCGCUUGGAGAGUCGGCAACAGUCACAGCAGAUGUGAUCGAUAUUCCUCUCAACAUCGACGCCCUAGAAACGACAUUCCAACUCACAGAAUGCUUGCGAUCCAACGGCAUCGAGGGACUCCUCGAGGAAGACUACCCAUCAUCACUUGACGCUAAAUACCAAUCACCAUUUGCGUGGCCCUUGCGAAAGAAGAUCACAGUCCUCUUCGGAACCUUUUUUGCCUCAACUCUGGCCGCCUAUUCUGCCGGCGCAUACGCCAUGGCCGCAGUCCCUCUGACCGAAAGGUGGACGCUUUCCAACACGGAGUUCAAUCUCGGCAUCACCCUCUUCGUCUUGGGCUUCGGCUUCGCGCCCAUGAUACUAGCCCUGAUCAGCGAGAUCUACGGCCGGUACUGGGUCUUCGUCGGCUCUGGGGCCGUCUUUUUCCUAGGAACCCUGGGAUGUGCGGUAACACAGUCGUUUCCCGGCAUGUUGGUCUCUCGUCUCAUCACGGGCAACGGGGCAUCUGUCUUUGCGACUCUGACCGGGGGCGUGGUGGGAGACGUAUUUCACAAGGAGAAUCGCAACACGCCCAUGGCCCUCUACUCGCUGACGAUCAUGAUUGGAACCGGUCUAGGUCCCAUGAUCAGCGGUAUCAUCGUCGACAACCUUCAUUGGAGAUGGAUCUUUUACCUGCAGAUGAUCACCGUCGGUUCCACGACAUUGGCCAUUUUUUUCUUCUUCGCCGAGACGCGGAGCAAUGUGGUACUAGAGCGAAAGUGCGUGGCCCUGAACAAAUAUUUCGACGGCAUUCGCUUGCAGCGAGUCUCUUCAUCGGUUGGGGACAAGAAUGGACUUCGACAAGGCACCGAGCUGUUGGGCGAGGGUCAAUCGCAACCUGUCCGCGUUCAGUUCCGUGCUCAUGUUGAGGGGCCGGAGCUUGAUAUGAGCAUUAUAUGGCGGAGCUUCUCCUUCCCCCUGAAACUUCUCUGUACUGAAUCCGUCGUCUUCUGGUUCUCUGCUUGGGUCUCCUUUGCGUGGGCGAUCCUGUACAUGCAGUUCAACAGCAUCGGUCUGGCAUUCCGCUCCGUAUAUGGCUUUAACAGCAGCCAGGUUGGAGGCAUCUACACUUCAGUCAUUGUGGGAUCGAUAAUAGGGGCGAUGAUCACCAUCUUCCAGGAGCCGAUAUUCAAAAAGGUCAUGCCCCAGCGGAUGGCCACGCCAGAAGGGAGGCUGUACUCUGCUUGUGUCGAGUCUCUCUUCCUUCCCAUCGGGUUGUUUUGGUUUGGCUGGAGCUCGUCGCCAGACGUCCCUUGGAUCGCGCCGGCACUCGCAAUCACCUCCGUCACGGUUGGCAUCUUCACCAUUUAUCUGGCCGUCUUCAACUAUCUGGCGGACACCUAUCACCGAUAUGCCUCCUCCGCUCUAGCAGCGCAGUCUAUGUGCCGUAACCUACUUGCUGGCGUUUUCCCCUUGUUCACAAAUAUUAUGUUUCAGAAGCUGGGAUACGGUGUUCAGCUUACUCCAAUCAUAUCUUGUCUCAUCUUGAGCCUCGGAGCGCAAGCUGCUGCAACGUCCGGGACACUAGAGAAGCGCGACACAGUCACCCUCGGUGUCUUCCACGACGGAGGCUGCGCUGGCAGCUUCACCAACAACUUUGACGUCUCUUCUGGCCGAUGCCAAGAUUUCUCAGGAAAUGUCUACGGCGCAGUCUUCCUAAACAGAGGUAGGAAUGUUUGCAAGCUCAAGUUCUGGGCAAAUGCCGGGUGCAGUGGGAAGGCGACGGUCAGCACGGUCAACCCAGACCAGGACCAUUCUUGCGUCGCUGUUGCCAACAAGGAUGGGCAGUUCUACUUGGCAGAUGGAGCGCGGUCUGUUUACAUCACUUGCUGA